UCAUGCUAUCAGAUUCAUUUCUCUCAUGCAAGACUUUCAAACAUCGAUAAGGCGGUCCCAAUUACAUCAUUUUCACUCAUUCCCAACAUUAAACGAGAAUUUUCGCUCAGUCCAACAUUGGCGCCAUACCCACGUCUCCCGAACCACUGCCAAGCGAGCAAUCGAGCGAUCACGUUUCGCGGUCGCCUUCUCCCGACCAUGCACUUCAGGUAGGUUGCAAGCACCCAUUAUUCGGAUAUGAUUGUGUCACACGUACCGUCUAGGUAGCUCAUAAGAAGUCCAACUUAGACCCGCCGAGAGCGCAACCGCGAGGCCCAAAAAGUCUUUCGCAAACGCAAACAAGCCGCGGAAGAGAUCCAGGCAACCCGUCUGCAGCAUCUAGAAACUACCGUCGCCAAGAUGAGCUCCGCGGUCGUCGAGCUUGUUGAUUGGAUGCUGGAUAUUGAGGCGCUGAAGCAGGAAGUAGGGGUCUUGACGCGUAUCCAGGAGAUGGUGGCGCACGUGUUGGCUUUGGCUGACGAUGCUGUGGCGUUGGAGAAUGAGCUUCCCAAGAGGAGGAAGAGGAAGCUUAGAGAAGCGAAGCGGACUCCGUCACAAAUUCCCGACCCCAAAGACCAUGCUGGUACGGGCAUAGAAGAGGAGAAUUCCUGUGCUAGAGAUAACACAUCUCAUGCGGCGUCGCCUCCGCAGGCAAACACCCUAGCACCAGAUUCUCUGACCUUGACACCAGACGACCAAAUCCUCUCCCAUCUGACAUCCUUAGCUUGCCGCCCAACCUCACUACCCCCAUCCCUAGGAACCUUCCACUGCGGCUCAACAACGAUCCUUAGCCCGGACUCUUUCAGCUUCCGCCUCACACACACCUGCUUCACGCUAGGCUACCUCGUCCUCAGCAAAUCCCUCGACUCACCCCUCCCUCAUGGAGAAGAACAGCGCAUCUUCAGCUCAACACUCAGAUACCGUAAUAGAGAAGACAUCAUCACAAAAAUGAGGUGGCUUGUCGGACCUGGCCAGCACGAGCUCCAACAAGCUGCAGAACUACCCAUGGGCGGGCGCUGGUACGGUGACGAAUUCAGCUCCGAGGACCUCUCGCCGGAAAACCUUGAUCUCUUUGAGAAGACGGCGCUAGCGGAUGCCCGGCAGACGCGGUUUCUGAGCGUCGCUGGUGUCGAGAGGCAGCUUAUUGCCCUCGGUGCUCGGGUCGUGGAUAAGGAGACGUUGGAGUUGAGGUUGAGUGGGCCGUUGAAGUUGGCCUCGGACGCGGGAAAGAAACGAGGUUUGGCAUCGGAGAGUUGGAGUUUUGUGGAUUGUUUCCCGCAGACAUUGCAAAGGAGGUCGAAGAAGGCGUUUACGGUGCAGCUGAAUAUUACGCUGCUGAUUGCUAAUUUGUCGAGGUGUGCGGUGUGUCUCAUGAAAGGCCCGGGGUUCCCGAGGGAUAAACUAAAGAGGGCGAUUGAAGAUUCUGUGGUCAUGGUUAAUAGUGGUUGA